AUGGAGCUGGAAUAUAUAAGUGAGCUGGGCCUUCGCGUCGUGCAGUCAUCACCGCUAUUGCUCAAGUUUGGGACAUUUGAGUCCCCGAAACCGACCGAACCAGCCGAGAAGCGGGUGCCAGCGAACGAAUCGGAGCAACGCCGCGGCGGGAAGGGGGCAGGCCGCCAGAGGCGUAACGGUCAGGAUAGGGAGUCGUCUCGAGAGUUGAAGAUUUCCAAGACUUUGUCACAGCUGUUGCGACACAGGGCCCUGGAAUUUAACAUCGAAGUCCGGCCCGACGGAUUUUGCCGUUUAGUCGAAGUCUUGGCGUGCCCUUGGCUCUCAGACUUGAAAGCGACCCAAGAUGAUGUGGAGCGAAUUGUCGCAAGCAAUGACAAGAAGCGCUUCGAACUGAAGCAAGAUGUCAAAGUUGGUCAAGUGAUGAUUCGCGCCGUGCAGGGACAUUCAAUGAAGGUCGUGGAUGACAACCACCUUCUCCAGAACGUGGAUCUGAACAACUUGCCGGAUUGCUGCGUGCAUGGGACUUUCAGAAAGCAUUUUGAGAGCAUCAAAAGCAAAGGGUUAUUGGCUGGCGGCAAGCAGGGCCAAGGUUUCCGCAACCAUGUGCACUUCUCUUCUUUCGAACCUGGUGACGAACGAGUCAUCUCUGGUAUGCGCUACGACUGUGAAAUUGCCAUCUGGAUCGAUCUGAAGAAGGCCGUCGAGGAUGGUGUUCCCUUCUACAUAAGCACCAAUCAAGUGAUUCUUAGCCCUGGCAUCAAUGGCGUUAUCGACAGGAAGUAUUUCACCCGCGCGCGAGACUUGAAGGUCAAGGAGGAUCUGCCCAUUGGGCUCACCCCUCCAUAUCCCCACUUUGUGGUCGAUGUCAUGACCGUGGAGGAUGUCUGCAACGUGCGAAACGAGACGCCGCUCUUUGCACUCUUCACUUUCGAGGACUGGGUGCUGGUGAACCUGCGAGCUGAGCUGGCGCUGCUCUGCUUAGCUUUUGUUCAGGACGCCGGAGACCCUGAGCGCGUGGGCAUCCAUGAGUCAAACUUGAGCUUCUACUACCAGAAGUACUUCAAGAAGAGCCUCGUCCCAAAGCAGUUCGGCAUGAACACCCAUGUGGAGCUCCUUGGGUUGGUGAAGGACAUUGUUGAGGUGGCUGCGGACACACAGGUUGUCACCAGCAAGCGCACGCAGGAGGAGCUGGGUGACUUCAGCAUCCUCGUCAAGCUCACGGAGGCCGCGCGGCGAGAAAGGCAAGCGAAGAUAGACCAAGGCGACGAGUCUGCGUGCCUCCACUUCGAUGUCCAAGCGCACAUGCCGCCCCCGCCACCUCAGAUGGCGGCUCCGUACUACCAGGGAGGUGGCUACAAGGGCUAUGGCAGCUACGACAAGGGAGGCUACAAAGGAGACAAAGGUGUCUUCAAAGGCUACAAAGGAAACCCCGGGUUCAAGGGCGGCUACAAGGAUGGAGGCUACGGGAAAGACUUCGGCAAGGAUGGAAAGAAGGGUGGCUUUGACAAAGGCAAGAAGGGCGGUGACAUGAAGGGCUUCGGAAAGAAGGGAAAGGAUGGCAAGCCCGGCAAAGGAUAUUGA